CUUUUCCCCUUCAGAACGCACUGACUCACAGGGCACAGAAAGACUGCCCUGACCAUCAAGAUUAGCUGAUUAUUGAUACGUUUAGAAGGCGACAAUAAUAACACAUUGACAAUGUUUUCGUGGAGAGAGAACAGCCGUGAUGGCUUCGGUUUAGUAAAGUCGAAUGGUUUGGUAAAGGCGAACACGGAUAAUUGCCUAAAUGUCAUCCUCACGAAAUCUUCAAUUGCGCGUCUGUCCGCGGGUAAUAAAGUGGUCGCGUUUAUCAGAAGUAAUGGGAAAGUGUCAUUCGCUUGCAGGAUGCACGAGUAUAAAGAUGGGAAAAGGGUCACAUGGAAACUGAAGGGUGUGGAGUGCAGGGAGAAGAUUCUGGCUCUGAGUUGCGGAGAUGCCCAUGUUGUUUUACUGUCUAAGGAGGGCAGAGUUUUUUGUCUUACCUCCGCCUCCAAUGAUCCCAGACCAGUGGGUAACUUGAAUCAGGUAAUUCAAGUUGCAUGUGGAGACCAGCAUUCAAUUGCACUAACCCAAGAUGGUAAAGUGUUCACGUGGGGCCAGAACUCCAGCGGACAGCUGGGUUUGGGGGAGGGAGAGCCCAGCACCUUGUCUCCCCAGCCUGUCAAGUCUCUGUCAGGGAUCCCCCUGGCUCAGAUCACCGCUGGGGGAGACCACAGCUUCGCCCUGUCCCUCUCUGGAGCUGUGUUCGGCUGGGGCAAGAACAGCGCCGGGCAGCUGGGACUGAGGGACACAAUAGACAGAGCUGCUCCAGCUCCUGUUGAUUGCCUGAAUCUAAAGAAGACCGUUGCUGUUUCCUGUGGAGGGGAGCAUACUGCUGUUCUGACAAAGGGAGGUUUCGUGUUCACAUUUGGCUCGGGUCGAUAUGGACAGCUUGGACACAACUCUCUCAGAAAUGAACUACGACCUCGACUGGUGGCCGAACUCUGGGGGGCAAAGGUGACCCAGAUAGCCUGUGGAAGAAACCACACAUUGGCGUUUGUGGGCUCCUUCAAAAAGAUCUACUCAUUUGGGCGUGGAGAGCAAGGGCAGCUGGGAAAUGGAGUCAAGAUGGACCAGUCUGUGCCUCUGCCAGUACAGCUACCACAGGACCACAUUGAUGACCAGCAAAUUGAACAAACCUUUGCUGGAGGAAACCAUUCUUUUGCCUUGUGCAGUUCCGCUAAGGAAUCAGGAAAAGGGAUGAAUGACUCCCGUGUUGAAAAAAUGAUUCAAACAUUAGACAAUGACGUCAUUGACAGAUGGAUCUUGCAAUGCGACUCAAAAUCAUGGAAGAAAAUACAGAAGGAAAUCACAAAAACGUUCUCUUCUGCAUCAUGUUUAAAUGGGAGCUUCCUGGACAAACGUCAUGAUAAACACUACCAAACCUCACUGAAGCACUCUGGCCUGGACUUGUCACUCGCCCGAAUGGCUUUUCAAAGGCUUGCAGAAAAGGACAAAGUUCUGGCUGAGGUUGAAGAUGUUGUCCAGCGCAUACUCCUUCCCUCCCUGAGUAAGGAUCCCAUUGGGGUGGAGGGUCUGAGGGUGUACCUCAUCAUCCCUGAGCUCCUGAGGGUUCUCCGAAAACAACAACGUGGCAUAGACAUUACUGAGGCCUUCGCUGCUGCCAUCCUCAGACUGAACCCAGACAAGCUCCAGGUCCUUGAGGGCCUAUGGUCGACACUGUCAGAUUCCUUCUUCCGAACCGUGGUGAAAGCAUUCCACUCCGCGUCAGCAGAGUACCUUCAGCAGAUGGCAGUCAAACGAUGUGAUCAUGGAAAAUCAUUAAAGAAGACUUUUGGGGUUCUGCAAAGGCUUUAUGAUGCGAACAGCAAGAGACGCAGAAGAAUUACAGUUGACACUUUCCAUAUCAACAAAAUUUGUUCUCUCUUUCAGUCUAAGCUGGUACAAGACUUAAACUCAGAACUGAGAGAGCUGGUCUGGGAUAUCUCAGGAGAGGAUGACACAUAUUGGAUUGAAAGUGACAUGAUAUUGAGCAAAAUAGAAUGUUAUAAGGAUAACAUAUUACGCCUCCUGAAGGACCACCCCUGUACCCUGGACACUGAAGCCAAAUGUACAGUGUGGAUGUAUGCAUUUGAUCAGAUCAAAGAUUGUCAUGAGGACAUCGAAUACGGUUGGUUUUGUGACGACACCCUAAAGGUGGAUCGGGAAACACUUCUGGAUGAUACCUUUCAGCAUCUGCGAAAAACGACUUGCCACAUGGUGGCUUUUAAGGUGAAGUUUCAAGCUGAGAAUGGUGUGGAUGAAGGUGGUGUUUCACUGGAAUUCUUCAGCCUCCUGGGGAGGGAACUUCUCACAAUGGAACCAAAGACACUGGAGGUUUACGAGUCUGGACUAGCAUGGCUCACAACAGAUGACGGCGGUAUUACUGAUGAAUUCUACUUACUUGGGCUGCUCUGUGGGAAGGCACUGUAUAAUCAGUGUGUUCUGAACCUCUGCUUCCCUCUGGCUCUCUUCAAGAAGCUUCUGGGUCUGACUACAACAUUGGAUGACCUUAAAGAGCUGUCUCCAACUGAAGCACGUGGCUUACAGUAUGUGUUGGAUGAAGAUGAGGAGGUUGUUGAAGCGCUGGAUUUGGUUUUCAUGGACAAAGGGCAAGAACUGAUACCAAAUGGAGAGGAGCUCCCAGUUACCAUGGUCAACAGGAAGAAAUAUGUUGACUUGUAUGUUGACAUGAAGCUCAACAAGUCAGUGCAGAUUCAGUUUGCAGACUUUGAGAGCGGCUUCUACAAAGGCUGCCCUACACAGACAUGGAGGAUGUUUCUACCUGAGGAGCUGAUGACACUUCUACAAGGAGAUGACAACUACGAGUGGGACAAGUUGAGAGAGAAUGCCAACUAUCAAGGAUAUAGGCCCACAGAUGACAUCAUCCAGAACUUCUGGAGUGUUUUCACAGAGUUCUCAGAGGAGGAAAAGAAGAAGUUCCUAACUUUUCUGACUGGAACCGACAGACUGCCCAGAGGACGAAGUCUCUCCAAACUGCAGAUGCAAAUCACGUCUUUGGGCAGCACUGACGCUGAUGAAUAUUAUCCGAAAGCACAAACCUGCUCUGUGACAUUAUGCCUCCCUAACUACAGCAGUAUCGACACACUACAGGAGAAGCUUCUCCAUGCUAUAACCCACUGUGAUGUGUUUGGAGAUGCUGUUAGGCAUCACCUUCACCUUCACAUCAUCAUGUUUUGCUGGGGAGACGGUUCGAGUGGACAGUUUGGUCUAAACUUUGAGAAUGUGUCUGUUCCUAUAGCAGGGAAUAUAUUCUCUGAUAAAGUCACAGAAAUUGCUUGCGGGGAGCAACACACUUUAUUUCUCACGGUAGAUGGCAGGAUCCUAUCAUGCGGGCGCAACUCAAAGGGACAACUUGGCAGACAGAGGAACAUAAAUUCAAAACUACCAGCCCCAGUGGAGGGUCUGGGGGCAGUGGUCUCUGUGUCUUGUGGUCAGGACCACUCUGUUGCUGUGUGCGCAUCAGGACAGGUCUACUCCUGGGGGGCAGGGGGUGAGGGACAGUUGGGCAUCGCACCUACUACUGUCUCCAAAGUCCUCAGGCCAAGACCAGUUCCAAUACCUUCGCCCUUGCCGAUAACAGUGAUACAGGUUGCUUGUGGAAAUUCCCAUUCUUUGGCCCUGACUACAGGAGGACAGGUGUUCUCAUGGGGUCUGAACAGCCAUGGACAGCUGGGCCUGGGGAAGGGAGUCCCUCUGCAGCCCAUACCUGCCCUGGUGCGCCCCCUCACAGGGGUCCCAGUGACCCAGGUAGCAGCUGGAGGAACCCACACUCUGGCCCUCACCCUCCCAGGCCUGGUCUACUGCUGUGGGGCGAACAGGGCUGGGCAGCUGGGACUCAACCGUGUGGAUGAGAAAGGCCGGUUCAACAUCUGUUCUGUGCCUGCUCUCAGAGUCUUGGGGGUUUCCUUCAUCAGCUGUGGAGAGGCACAUUCUGCUGUUCUCACCAAGGGUGGACAGGUGUUCACCUUUGGAGAGGGAAGCCGAGGCCAGCUUGGGCACAACGCAUCAGCUAACGAACUCCUACCCAAACUGGUAGAGGGUAUGGAUGGACUGGCCUCACAGAUAGCAUGUGGCAGCCAUCACACCCUGGUGCUGGGGUCCUCAGGUCAACUCUGGGCCUUUGGCAGUGGGGUCAAAGGUCAGCUAGGGACUGGCAACACAGGGGGCAGCUUGCAACCCACCUCAGUGCUGCUGAAAAGGGAUUCUGGUGGGGCAGCAACAGUCAUACACAACGCAGACAUGAAGAUAUCAGUGGGAUGGAAUUCAAACUUCAUUUACACCACUGAGAGUUCUGAAAGAGAACAGCCAAUCGGGAGGUUAGAUAAAGCCAAGUUGCAAAAAUGGCUGUCGAUGGAGCAAGGAAAUGCAGAGGCGCAAAGAGAAAUAUCCUUGAUGUUCUCAACAAGUUCAAGUCUUGUGGCCAGUUUCACCAAAGCCAGUGAGAUUCCACAAGCAGCCGGAGCUUUGACAGUGGACCUAGAAGCUGCUAGCCAGGUUUUCGACCAGCUACUGAACAUACCUUGGAUUAGGAAAUCAAUAAAUAUUGAGCCACUGGUGGACAAUAUUUGCAGUUCAGCAGCUGUCAUCAAAUCACCAGAGAUCUUUAUGCUACUACCCACAAUCUCUCUUCUCCAUGAGGACCUCAGCGUCAUGAAGAUGGUCUUGGCUUUAUCUAUAGUUAUCGUUGAACAUCUGAAUGACACGGCCAUAAAAACAUUAAAAGAGUGGUGGUCCUCAAUGGAGACAAACAUCAUGACUAAGCACAUUCUGAUGUGGAAGAAUGCCCUGUCAUUCAUGCUGAGGAACGGUCUUCUGGCUACCCACAACCCCGGAGUCAAAUUCCUGCUGGAAGCCCUCAAGUACCUCCACAGAGCAAACAAAAGGGCCAGAAGAACCCAGGAUGUUCCCGCCAGUACCUUUUAUGUGGAAGAGAUCAACAAUAGUGUUCUUCUAUUGGGGGAUGUGAAUCUUUGGCGUUUUUGGUCAACAAGGGAGGACACAGAGGUGACACCAGUCAUCUUUUGCCGUUACCCAUUUGUGUUGAGUCUGAUCUGCAAGAUGGCGAUUUUCAACAACAAUGCACUUUUUACUAAGGAGAUUCACAAACUAGCCCACCGGCUAACAGUGAUGUGUCCUUCUGGAACGUUCCCAGACAACCCAGAAUCUCCCCUUGCCCCAGUCUUCCAGUUGACCUUAAGGCGCCCGUCACUCAUCGAAGACACCUUCAGACAACUGGGUGCUGCAGAUCAUGACUACUUCCAGAGAGAACUUGUGGUGCAGUUUGUGGAGGACAUGAAGCUGUCGCUCGUCAACAAAAGGGACUUUUUCCUCCAUGUGUUUGAAGAGCUGUUGGCACCAGAGUCUGAGAUGUUCAUGUACAAUGACACCAAGACACUGGUCUGGUUCCCUGCCAAGCCCAGAGUGGAGGAGAAGAGCUACUUCCUGUUUGGUGUCUUGUGUGGCAUGGCCCUGUACAACCACAACAUUGUACACCUGCCCUUCCCUCUGGCCCUGUUCAAGAAGAUGGUGGGGGUCAAGCCCUCACUGGAGGACAUGAGAGAGUUUGACCCUGUUGUGGGAGGGAGUUUGCGGUACCUCUUGGAGGACUACACUGAUGAUGAUGUUGAAGAAAACCUGGACAUGACCUUCACCGUGAUCUGGGAUGACCAGAAGGUGGAGCUGGAUCCCAAAGAAACAGGAAAACCAGUCACAAGUUUUAACAAGAAGCAGUUUGUUGAUGCCUAUGUGAACCUUGCCUUCAACCAAUCAGCGGAGAAGGUGUUUGAAGAGUUCAGGAGAGGCUUCUUCAAGGUGUGUGACAGGAACGUGGUGGAGUUGUUCCAGCCUGAGGAGCUCAGGGGAGUCAUGGUGGGGAAAGAGGACUACGACUGGGACACGCUCAAACAGAACACUGUGUACGAUGGAGAGUAUCAUGCCAGACAUCCCAACAUCAUCACAUUCUGGGAGGCUUUUGAGGAACUGACAGACGACCAAAAGAAAUCUUUCCUCCUGUUCCUGACAGGCUGUGAUCGCGCUCCCAUCCUGGGCAUGGACAAGAUUCAGAUGAAGGUGGCAGUCCUGCAGAACUCUACUGAACUACAUUUCCCAGAAUCCCUUACCUGCCACUUCCUACUGCUGCUGCCCAUCUACCCCUCCAAGGAGAUGCUGCUGGCCAGGCUCAAAGAGGCAGUGGCCCACAACAGAGGCUUCUGGAAGGAGUAAUGGACACUAUAUAAAGGCUACUGCUGUGUUCAUAAUUUCAUUCAAUGUGUUUCUUACAUGUCAAUAUAUCACUUCAGUUUAGCAUAGGAUUUUGGUUAUAGCCUCCUUCUAGGUUCAGAUUUGCCAGUUUUUUUCAAACUUUUACAUUUAGCCUUUUCCCUUGGCUUUUUCUAUUGAAAAUGUGAAAAUUGCAAAUCUAGGAUAUGUAGGCCUACCCUAUUAUAGAAAAAACAUUCCUUGACUUAACGUCUACUAAUUCUGGGUGAGAUUUUUAAAAAGAACAUUCUUAUUGAGUAAUAUACAUUCAGUAAUAUACAUUCAGUAAUAUACAUUCAAGAGCCUAUUUAUUUAUGCAUGUUUUCUUUAUUGAUAUAGUGUGGCAUUUGAUGUAAUCCUACAUGUGAACAUCCUUUUUUUCUGGACACGUCUGCAUCAUCUUUUGACAUAUAUGUCUGUAUCUUGUGUUUUAUUGACGCAAUAAUUCUGUCUGUAUCUAAUAAAUAGAGAUGAUUAGUUCA